AUGAGCGACCUCGCAGCCAUGGAGUCUGAGACUCCCAACAUCCCACCCCCGAGAGUCGUCGAGCUUGCCCCCGAUGUCCCAAAACUCGAAGAGAUACUCUCCGCAAACGACUUUGCCCUCGCCGCCCAAAAAGCACUUACACCAAAAGCCUGGGCGUUUUACUCGUCCGCCGCCACAGAUCUCAUCACUGUGAACAAGAAUCGCGAGCUUAUUAGACGAGUCAUGCUUAGGCCGAGGAUCUUGAGAAAUGUUUCGAGUGUUAGGAUAGAUCGCAAGAUUCUGGGCCUUGAUAGCAAGGCGCCUUUCAUCAUGUGUCCUGCGGCCAUGGCGACGUUGGCGCAUCCUGAUGGUGAGCUUGGAUGGAGUAGAGCUGCCGCCAGUGAGGGUAUCUUUGAGAUUAUCUCUAGCAACGCCUCCUACUCCCUCCCCAGCAUCAUCGCCGCCGCUCCUCCCGGCCACCCUUUCUUCCUCCAACUCUACGUCAACUCCAACCGCCCCAAGACAGUCGAACUCCUCCGCCGCGCCCGCUCCCUUGGUAUCAAAGCCAUUUUUGUCACCGUCGACGCACCCGUACCUGGCAAGCGCGAAGCCGACGAACGCGCAGCUCAAGAUGUGGUGAUAAAAUCUGAGAUGAGCGGGAGCGAGAGUAGCAAGGAUAAUAAGGGUAGUGGACUGGGUAGGUUGAUGGGACAGUAUAUUGACAAGAGCCUGAAUUGGGAGGACUUGAAGUGGAUUCGGGAGGAGAGCUCGGUGCCGAUUGUGCUCAAGGGCGUGCAGACUGUCGAGGACGUGAAGUUGGCUGUUGAGUAUGGCGUGGAUGGUGUCAUGCUAAGCAACCACGGAGGAAGGUCACUUGAUGGCGCCCAAGCAUCCAUCCUCAUCCUUCUCGAAGUCCGAAAGAGGUUCCCUGAGGCGUUCCAACAUCUCGAGAUAUUCAUCGACGGCGGUUUUGAGCGAGGCUCUGAUAUUCUCAAGGCAAUUGUCCUAGGCGCUACAGCUGUUGGAAUCGCAAGACCGUUCCUUUAUUCGUUGGUGUAUGGCCAAAAAGGCGUGGAGCAUCUUUCGCAAAUCCUCAAGGAUGAGCUCGAGACGUCAUUGAGGUUGGCUGGUCUGACGAGUUUGGACCAAGCAACACCAGACUUGGUCAACACGCUGGAUGUGGACUACCUGGUUCCAUCUGGUGGUGCUGAGUCGUGCCCGAUGUCGAGGAUGAGGGCGAAGCUGUAG